AUGGAUUGGACGCAGGCUGGGGGAGUCCGAGCAGCGACAGCGAGUAACCCUCUGGGAUUGAGUGGAGGUAAGACGGGGGGAAGGCGACAGGUCACCAGUCCACAGAUCUACCGUCCACCGGCAGCGACACCAAAGACACCUCCCUCAAAGAGGUUGAUGACCACGAGCAAGUCGGCUCCGCCCCAGAAGCAGAUCGAGGGAGGAACUCCACGGCAGGCCUUGCCAGCUCCUGGGCCAAAGGCAUCGGAGACCGCGCACAAAGCCACAUCUACCGCUGGCGCCCCGGCUAAGAAAGUCGGUUCUGCCCCCCUCAAGCCUGUGCAGUCCGCGGCGAGGACCAGCACCGCCCCCAACCCUGGAGCCAUGAGACAGCACAAACAGGGCAAUGGUGCCAAUAAAGCUGCGAGCGUGAACAAAUUGCCCACCACGCCGAACCCCGGGGCCAUGAGGCGCAAGCCAGCAGAUGGCAACACCAAGCAGCCGGGUUCAAGCAAGAAGACACCCAGCAAACCCAACACCUCUGCUGCGCCAAAACCGACAACGACGGCGGCGGCAAAUCGACCCAAGAUCCAAGGCAAUCCCACUGCUGCUGCCAACCCUCUUGGGCUCACGUUCUGA